AUGGCUACAACGACGACGACGAGUGGUGUCUAUAUCCAAGUCAUCGAGGACGUUGUCAGCAAAGUCCGUGAAGAGUUCAUUAACAACGGAGGUCCUGGCGAGAGUGUUCUCUCUGAGCUUCAAGGAAUUUGGGAGACGAAGAUGAUGCAAGCGGGAGUCUUGUCUGGACCAAUUGAUAGGUCAUCUGCUCAGAGGUCAACACCUGGAGGUCCAUUGACUCAUGAUUUGAAUGUUCCUUAUGAAGGUACUGAGGAGUAUGAGACUCCUACUGCUGAAAUGCUCUUUCCUCCGACACCGAUGCAGACUCCUCUUCCAACUCCACUUCCGGGGACUGCUGAUAAUUCAUCAAUGUAUAACAUCCCUACUGGCUCAAGUGAUUAUCCAACUCCGGGGACUGAGAAUGGGAGCCAUGGUGAUGUCAAAGCUAGACCUAGUCCUUAUAUGCAACCUCCUUCUCCAUGGACAAAUCCAAGGCCUGAUGUCAAUGUUGCUUAUGUGGAUGGCCGUGAUGAACCUGAGAGAGGGAACUCUAGUCAGCAGUUUACGCAGGACCUAUUUGUGCCACCUUCCGGGAAAAGAAAGCGUGAUGAUUCUUCUGCACAAUAUCAAAAUGGUCGGUCUAUACCACAACAGGAUGGUGCAAGCGAUGAUAUGCCUCAGGUAAACAUUGAGGGUGAUACAUUCUGCAUAACCUUUGUUGGUGAAAGAAAGGUUCCACGAGAUUUUCUCUGCUCAUCUUCAAAGAUUCCUCAAGUUGAUGGGCCAAUGCCUGACCCUUACGAUGAAAUGUUGUCGACACCAAAUAUAUACAGCUAUCAAGGACCCAAUGAAGACUUAAACGAAGGCAGAACUCCUGCUCCAAACGAGAUCCAAGUGACCACUCCUGCUGCUGUACAAAACGAUAUCAUUGAAGAUGAUGAAGAGCUGUUGAAUGAAGAUGAUGAUGACGACGAGUUAGAUGACUUAGAAAGUGGUGAGGAUAUGAACACGCAACAUCUUGUUUUGGCUCAAUUUGACAAGGUGACUCGGACAAAGAGCAGGUGGAAGUGUAAUCUGAAAGACGGGAUCAUGCAUAUAAACGAUAAGGACAUUCUGUUCAACAAAACCAGUCUCUAUGAGAAAGACAGUGAUUAUUUAUGGGGAAGUGCACCUGAUUUGCUUUUGUUUUUGGUGGAGGAUGGAGAAAAAGCUUUGAGAAGCUUUCUACAGACCUGCUCAUAUAAAGCAUGCUCUGUUCUUAUUCAAGCAACGGAGAUGCCUAAUCUUGAGAUAAACCUCUGGGACUUCAACAGAAAACAAGACGAGUGUUUUAUGGGCUUGACGCUGGCUGUAAAACCAAGUGUUCCUAAACUGGAAAUGGUCUGCAAUGCAUCUCAGGACAUGACUGAGAAUUUUCUCUUUUGCCCCAUGGUUAACAAUGAUCGUGAACCAUCAGUUUUCUGGUCUCUGCUCUCUGGUUUUUGUACACCUGUUGAAUCAUCAUGUCCUCUAUCUCUGUACUUCAGUGCAAUGCAGCAACACACAAGCGUGGGACCUCCACCACAGUCAACAACAGGGUUCACCAUGGGAUCAUCGAUGCAACCUAACAUGUUGGACCGCCCAUGGAUGGCUGUGUCUGCGCCCUUUCAACAGGGUCACAAACAUGAUCCUAAUAAUGAGAUUUUCUCGAUGGUGUUAGAAGACAAGCGGAACGCAACUGCAAGACCCAACAAUCCAAAAAAUUCUCAUAGAUCCUGUAGUGAGAAGGUACUUCUGAUAUGUGAUUUUGACUUACCAGAAAUCUCUUACGGAGGACCACAAGCCAGAUACGUUGAAGAGGCUGAAUAAGGCUGUGAAAUUCAAGAAAGAGUUAGAGCAGAAAGAGUAUUCUGAUCUCAGUAUUAGUGAUGCAGAGCCUUAGAAAGGUAUUGAACUCUUCAAGGAGAAGAAGUAUCAUGAUGCUGGGAGACAUUACCCUGAAGCGAUCAAAAGGAACCCAGAAGACUUGAGAGCAAAGUCAUUUCUAAUCAUCUUAUGUGCUUCAGUAUUGUGAUGCAUACAAAACCUUCC